AUGCAGGAAAAAUUAGAUAGAAUGCGAGACAAAUCGGUAUAGAGUUGAGUUAAAUUUAGGAGCAGUUUAUACGGGCGGAGUUUCAAAGAUUUUGCAAUAUCUGCCUAUUAUUAACACCAAACAUCCCCCGCCUUAGCCAAACGCCAGAGAGUUGGCAAAGAGCGCGUGAGCGCGACGGACUGACGGAGGAGAAGAUGGAGUUGCAGAACUCCGAUUCUUCCACUCUUCUGCGACGUCACCUUCUUGAGUUCCUCAUUAACUCGUCCCAGCAACUCCUUGUUCGUCCAAUCGUCAAAUACACCGCGCUUUCCUUCUUUGCCGACCGCUUCCUCCCUUCUAUCUCUCGCUCCAGGCAAGGCGAUUUGUUCGACGAGGCAAGAUGUGAUGGGAGCUGCUGGCUCUUUCGUCCCUUGGCGGAGAGCAACUUGCAGGUCUUCGCUCUAGUUUCAAUUUGGGUUUCCAGCAAAUUGCAUGAAACUCAGCCCCUUUCAGUGAAGAGUUUAAAGAGUUUGGGGGAUAUGGUCAUCAGCGAUCAAUGCUUCACCACUCGGGAUUUCGCCAUGGCAGUGCGUGUG